AUGUCAGAAUUCAGUAACAUGAGCGUUGAACAAUUACUUGCUAUAAACGAUAUGAUAGACAGUGACACUGACCUUGAAGUGAGUGCACAAAAAGUUCUCGAAGAUCGUGAGUACCGAGUAAAACCUAAAGAUAGAGGAGAGGAUUACUUCUACAGUGAAUCACAAUUUGUUGAUGAAGUAGAUCCUGAUGUAUUAAGACCAAAGCCCAGGCGUAUACCUAAGAACUAUAAGAGUAAACGCGGAAUUACUCCUGUGUGGAAGCACUCAGAGAGACAAAAGGCUAAGGCACUUCUUGUAGAAGAAGCUUACCAGAGUCUACUAUCAAAAGGAGUUCAGGGUCUUCCACCAACUAUGGCUGGUAAGUGGCGGACGGAUAAUGUUUUAAUUAAUGAUGAAAUAAAGAGAAUAGAAAAUGAGAGAAACCCUAAGGUAAAGAAACCAAGAGGUAGACCACCAAAGGCAAAAACUGAGGCUGAAGUGAAGGUGCCAAAGAAAAGAGGCAGACCACCAAAGGCAAAGACUGAAGUCAAACCAAAAAGACAAACAGUAGCUGAAAGAUUCCUGAGUCAGAGGAAAGUAAAACUCUCAGUGCCAGCGGACAGCGUCAUAACCUCAGUGGGUCCAGGUAAGUUCACAAUCACAGUUGAUCUUAACAAGAGAAAACCGACGAGGAAAGCUCCUGAGGUGCCUAAGGGUGUAGCUCCAUGGAAACCUACACCUAAACCUAGGACGGUACUUCCAAGGGAAAGACCUGUGCCCAAACCUAGAACUAAGCUUCCUAAGGAAAGACCUGUACCAGCACCCAGGACUAAGAAACAAGUGCUCCCUCUUAAGGUUCGUAAGCCUGUAAAUCAGUUGAAGGAAGUCAAGGAUCAGCCUCAGGUGAUUGCCCCAGAGUUACACGAAAUUGAUCCGUUUGGCACAGACCUUAAGAAACCAUACCACAGGAAAAUAGAAACAGCUGCCAAUGGAGCCGCCGUGACUUACUCAAUAACUCCCCACUAUAUGGACCCUCUGGAUCAGAUGACCGCAAGUAGACAGGUAGUGAGAGGAAUACUUGUGAACGAGUUAAAGAGAAUGGGUGGAUUGAAGUACACAGAGACCAUAAAGGUGAGAAUGUCCAAGGAAAUCGGUGAUGGGAAAACCAAGAAGGACUCAAUAUACUUCAAGUCUAAAUAAACUGGCACUGUUACGAACUUCGAGGAUACCGAAAGUACGGCUGCUCAAAACCAACUGACAAUCUUGUCUAGAAUUGAGACAUUCCAAAACGUAGGUUCAAACUGGAUUAUACUCAAUAUUGAGAGUCAUUAUGUGAACAUUGCGAUGUACAAACCACUAGCUGGAAGUUCGUAUAUGAAACUACCCGCUGACACUAGUAACUCAAUGUGUGGGCUCAUCAAUGUAAAGAAUGAUGAUAACAUGUGUUUCAUGUGGAGUCAUGUGAGAUACCUAAAUCCCAAGUCUAGAAGAGCAACUACUAUUACCAAGGAAGAUAGAAAGUUCAAGGAAAACCUGGACUAUGAGGGUAUAGAGUUUCCUGUGAAGAUCAGCGAUAUUGACAAGAUUGAGAGGAAAAACAGCAUAAGCAUAUCAGUGUUCGGUUAUAAGGGUAAAAAGCAGUUCUACUCAAUAAGAAUCUCAAAGACCAAGUACGAGGAACAUAUGGAACUUCUACUCCUCGGUGAUGACAAUGGAAACAGGCACUAUGUGCUCAUAAAGGAUGUGAAUAGAAUGCUGUGCAAUGUGAGUAAACAUGGUCACAAGCAACACUUCUGUCUACACUGCCUUCAUAGUUGUGUUAGUGAGGAGACAGUGGAAAAGCACAGGGAAACAUGUUUGCAGGUAAGUGGAACUCAGGCUACAAAGCUUCCUAAGGAAGGGACAAAAAUAAAGUUCAAGAAUCACAGGAACUCAAUGCCGGUGCCGUUUGUAAUAUACGCUGAUUUCGAGUCCAUACUGGUACCUGAAGACGAAAACAGUAAGGUGAAAAGUAGUGAGGACAAAAGUAGCACAACCCGUUACCAGACACACAAGGCCUGUAGCUUUGGUUUAAAAACAGUCUGCCACUAUGAUGAUAAGUACUCUGGUGAGUAUAAGAGUUACGUUGGAGAGGAUGCUGCAUUGGUCUUCCUAAAGACUGUAUUGAAAGAGUCCUUCAGAUGUAGAGAAAUGAUCAACGGUAUAUUCAAGAAAAAGAUGGUAAUUACACCCAAACAGGAAUUUGAAUUCCAGACUGCAAGAAACUGUUCCAUAUGUGGUAACGACCUUGGUGAGGAUAAGGUGAGGGACCAUGAUCAUGUAACAGGAAUGUAUCGUGGAGCUGCUCAUAAUAUAUGCAAUCUCAAGUAUAGAAUUACAUGGAAAGUACCUGUGGUCUUCCACAAUUUGAGAGGUUACGACAGCCAUCUGAUUAUGCAGGAAAUUGGUAAGUUCAAGAUGAACGUCAACGUGAUUCCAAAUAAUAUGGAAAAAUACAUCUCAUUCUCACUGGGUAAGAAUCUGGUCUUUAUAGACUCUAUACAGUUCAUGGCUUCUUCACUGGAAGCACUGGUAAGUAACCUUCCACCUGAGGACUUCAGGAUAGUAGGUAAGAGGUGGAAGGGUGAGGACUUCAAUCUAGUGACACAAAAAGGAGUGUUCCCAUAUGAGUUCCUAGACGAUAUUAGGAAACUUGAUACGGAGGGUCUACCUAGUAAGGAUAAGUUCUACUCGUCACAGUAUGAGUCAGAGGUGAAGGAAGAAUAUUACCAGAGAGCUCAGAAAGUAUGGGAUCACUUCAAGAUGAAAACCCUUAGAGACUAUCACGAUCUUUACCUUGAAACCGAUGUUCUUCUACUGGCUGAUGUAUUCGAGAACUUUAGGAGAACAUGUCUGGAAAGUUACGAACUUGACCCCGCACAUUACGUGUCAGCACCCGGUCUAAGUUGGAACGCUUUCCUGAAAAAGUCAGGUGAAGAAAUUGAACUCGUUAGUGAUAUGGAUAUGUUCCAGUUCUUUGAGAAGGGUAUGAGAGGUGGUACAAGUUAUAUUGCUCAUAGACUUUCAACAGCUAAUAAUAAGUAUAUGGAAACGUAUGAUGAGGACUCUGAAAAUAAGUACCUGAUGUACCUCGAUGCUAACAAUCUGUAUGGCUGGGCAAUGUCACAACCACUACCUAAUGGGGAGUUUGAGUGGGUUGAGUCAUUUGAUGGUAUGGAUCUGGAUUAGUACCUGGAAGAUGGCGAAAGGGGAAUGGUUUUAGAGGUUGACCUAGAAUACCCACAGGAACUUCACGAUCUACAUAACGGUUAUCCUCUAGCACCAGAGAGUAAGGAAAUUGAUGCUUCCAUGUUAUCCGAUUACGCGAAGACUAUUGCUGAUAAAUUCCAACUAACUGUUGGAGGAGUAAGGAAACUUAUAACUUCACUGGGACCAAGGAAAAAGUACGUCUUACAUGUACGUAAUUUGAAACUUUACACAGAUCUUGGAAUGAGGCUAACAAAUGUUCACAGAGCUGUCACGUUCAAGCAGUCCCCCUGGCUAAAGGAUUACAUAGACUUCAAUACCAGUAUGAGAGCAAAGGCUAAGAACACAUUCGAGAAAAACUUCUUCAAGCUAAUGAACAACUCCAUCUACGGAAAGACUAUGGAGAAUCUCAGGAGAAGAGUUGAUGUGAAACUAGUGUCUUCCAAAGAUGACCUCCUGAAAAUGACAGCAUCACCAUGCUUCCAGUCACACAGGAUUAUGAAUGAGAAUCUAAUCGUGGUAAAGCGAAUGAAGGAAGUGCUAACGCUGAACAAACCGUGCUAUGUGGGAAUGUGCAUACUUGACUUAUCCAAAACUCUAAUGUAUGACUUCCAUUAUAAUACCAUCAAAAGGGAGUACGGUGACAGGUCAAAACUACUGUUCACUGAUACGGAUAGUCUAAUGUACGAGCUGAAGACGGAUGAUGUGUAUGAGGACUUCAAGAGGAUUGGUGAAGAGCAAGACUGCUGGGAUAAUUCGGACUACCCAAAAGACAGCCCCUACUACUCAAACCAUAACAAGAAGGUUAUGGGUAAGUUUAAGGAUGAAGCUGGUGGAGUACCCAUAAUUGAGUUUGUUGGGUUGAGGUCAAAGAUGUACUCAUACAUCAAGGAAAACGGUGCGGGUGGAAUGACUGCUAAGGGUGUCAAAAAGUAUGUCAUCAGAAACAAGCUCACCCAUAAGAACUUCAAGAACGUAAUCAGCACAAAGGGUAGAAUGAGACACAACAUGAAUACAAUCAGGAGCACAAAGCACACAAUUGGAACUUACGAAAUGAGGAAGGUUACUCUAAGUUGCUUUGAUGACAAAAGAUAUCUUUUGGAAGAUGGAGUAACCAGUUAUGCUUACGGAAACAAAAACAUAACAAAUAGUGACUGAAAGGUUUCCGUAGAGUAUAAAGUAGUAGUCUCAAAUAACAAACAAAAUAAAAUUACACCCCACUGUGUGUCCACACAGGGGAAGUCUAAAAGUUGGCGAAGAGGCUCCAGAAUAG